UUAGACUUCUUUCUCCGGCGCCGUCUCCGAAGCAUAUAUCUCUCGCAGUAGCUAACUAAGACAAGUCUCGCUGGUGAGAAACCUUCAAAAACCUUACCGUAUUAUAAUGAUCCGCAUAGCCACCACUGUUCAUCACCGUCUCUAUCUUCGAUUCUCAACUUUCCCUAUCUAUAAUAACAAGCUAGAUCCAUCAUCUCCAAACCCUACUACUCUCUCCAGACACAAGAACACAAUUCCAAUCCCUCACAGAAGCAACCCGGAACCCAAAGGCCAAGACCUCGACUUCGUCAACGUAGCUCACAGCCACCUGAUUCAAUCCGAUUGGGACAAGCUCAAUACCCUCUCAAACCGUUUAGAUCCAUUCAGAGUCAAGAACAUACUCCUCAAGAUCCAGAAAGAUCACGUCCUCUCUCUCGAGUUCUUCAACUUUGUGAAACAACAAAACCCAAACUCACACUCUCUCGAAACACAAGCCGUUGUUCUCCACACUUUAACCAAGAACCGGAAAUUCAAAUCAGCAGAGUCAAUCUUGAGAGAGAUGAUACUCUUAACAACUAAUGACGUGGAUUUACCUUCGAAGCUCUUCGAUGCUUUGUUAUAUUCUUACAGGGAGUGUGACUCUACGCCACGUGUGUUUGACUCACUCUUUAAAACUUUUGCUCAUUUAAAGAAGUUUAGAAACGCUACUGAUACGUUUAUGCAGAUGAAGAGUUACGGUUUUUUACCAAACGUUGAGUCUUGCAAUGCUUAUAUGAGUUCGUUGCUGUCUCAAGGGAGGGUUGAUAUCGCUUUGAGGUUUUAUAGAGAGAUGAGGAGGUGUAAGAUAUCUCCCAACACGUAUACUCUCAACAUGGUUAUCUCGUGUUAUUGUCGGUCUGGGAAGUUGGACAAGGGUGUUGAGUUGUUACAAGACAUGGGGAGGUUGGGUUUUGAGGCGACGAAUGUGACGUUUAAUACGUUGAUAGCUGGUCACUGUGAAAAAGGGCUUUUGAGUUUGGCUUGGAAGCUUAAGAAUAUGAUGGGGAAGAAUGGGUUGCAGCCUGAUGUGGUUACUUUCAAUACUCUUAUUCAUGGGUUUUGUAGGGAUGUGAAGUUGAAAGAAGCUAGUAAGGUUUUUGGUGAGAUGAAAGCGGUUAACGUGGAGGCCAACACUGUUACUUAUAAUAUUUUGAUUAAUGGGUAUAGUCAACAGGGUGAUCAUGAGAUGGCGUACCGGUUUUAUGAAGAUAUGGUGUUUAAAGGGGUUAAGCGUGAUAUCUUGACGUAUAAUGCGUUGAUUUUGGGAUUGUGCAAGCAAGCUAAGACGAAGAAAGCUGCGCAUUUUGUUAAGGAAUUGGAUAAAGAGAGUUUGGUGCCGAAUUCGUCGACCUUCUCUGCGUUGAUAAUUGGACAGUGCGUGAGGAGAAACGCAGACCGUGGGUUUGAACUGUACAGAAGCAUGAUUAGGAGCGGUUGCCAUCCGAAUGAACAAACAUUCGAUGUUCUGAUCUCUGCCUUUUGUAAGAAUGAGGAUUUUGAUGGAGCAGCUCAAGUGUUGAGGGAAAUGGUCAGAAGAUCAGUUCCUCUUGAUUCAAGGACUGUUCAUGAGGUCUGCAAUGGACUAGAGCAUCAAGGGAAAGACCAACUUGCGCAAGAGUUGGUAAAGGAGCUGGAAGCCAAAAAGAGUCUUCAAGAACCUUUAGGUAACUGAAAAGUAGAAUGUAUUUAUUGUUAACCAAAAAAAAAAACUUUGUAUGUUCAGUGGAAUUAGAAGUUGAUUACGUCU